UAGACUCAUUAAAUGACUAUUUACCUACUCAUUUAACAUCUGAAUCAAUACAAAUUAUCCCAAACUAUAUUUGUUCAAUGUUACACGAAAGAUAUAAUAUUCCAGUUCAACUGGAUGGAAUAAAAGCUUUAAAAGAAUAUGUAAAGAAAAGAUUUUGUUGUGAAAAUGCCUAUGAGUUAUUUGAAAAUGAAAAGCAUUACAUUCAAGGUGUUCAAUGCCUACUAAUAAGUAUAUUUCAUCUAAUGAAUAAUCAGUUAGCCUUUAUGAUUGUUCAUUUUGCUGAUGUAAUAUUGAUGUUACUACGCAAUCUACCCAACUUUGUGAUACGUUCAAGUGUCAGAGAGAUAUUUUCACUAUGUAAUGUAAUUUUGAAGAAUAAUUUAAAACCAGUGCAUAGCAUAAUGCGUAAAAUAUUAAUAGAAUUGUUGAAACAUUUCCCGCCUAAUUUUAUCCUCGAUGAAUUAUGGAUAUGCAUGAAAAAUGCCAAUUUUCGUGUACGUACAAACGCGCUGUACAGUGUCGCAUUUAUUCUACGUAAUUUACAUGAUGAAAGUUUGGAUUUGUUGAAAAUACUUCAAAGAAUUACACAAUGUUUGAAAGACAGAAGUGGAGUAGUUCAAACAGCCGCCAUUGAAUGUUGUGCAAUCCUUAUAGGAUUACAUAAUCGAAAUUACCUCCAAAAUGAUGAUGCAUCACUUUUGUAUGUGAUUGAAAAUUUUCUUCUCGAAGAAAUGCCCGUUCUAGAAGUUGACUUUUUAUUACAAAAAAUGAAAAAAGCUAUUCAGCGUGAAAGUUUUAAGGAGAAUUUCAUCGAUGAGAAUGAUUCACUAGAGUUGGAGAUUAGUGAAAGACAAAAAUUUAGUAAAUAUGCUAAUUCAAUGAGAAGUGUACCGAGUAAUAUGAGAAGAACUGUUACAUUCCCAGCAAUGAAACCUCAUUUCAAUUAUAUUCACGAAUAUGGAAAUUCUUAUUCAAAUAUUUGGUCAACUUAUCCUGACUUCAAGAGAUCCUAUUCAUUGGAUUAUAGGAAUCCUUCUGACACUGUGUUAUUAUAUAGAACAAAAACAACACCCACAUCAGCUGCAACAACAACAACAAUACCGAAUAAUCUUCAUAUUUAUUCCACUCCUACCCAUAGAAGAGAUUCCAAUGAUAUCCACCAUAUGAUGAAUAGUGAUUCAUACUAUCGUAUUUCAGAAGAACACAAAGCAGCUGCAAAGAAUAGAAAACCUGAUUUCUGUGACAAUGUUCGUCGAUAUCUGAAUAAACAGAAUCAACAGUAUCCUUCUGACUGUCAGAUAAUCCCUGAAACACUUCCAUUCGCUAGGAAAGCUAGCGGGAUGAAAACAGACCAUGAUAAAAUAUAUAAGAGAAAAAAAUCAAUAAAUGUCAAUGAGAUCAAUCAUUAUUCAACAAGCUGGUAUAAUCAAGAUGAUGAUAAUGAGAUAGGUCAAUCUCUUGAGACUUUACGUGAUUCAGUAUCACGAAAACGUAAACAAUGGUUAUCAGAUCAAGUCAAUAAAUUGAAUACUGAAAGAACAACAAUAGGAUGUCACCAUGAUGAUGAAAUAAUAUACAUUGGAGAGGGAAUAAAAGCAGAAAAUCAAGAUAUGCCGCCGUUGAUAAACACAAAAAUGUUGGACAGUUUUGAUACUGAUGAUUACAUAACCAAUACUGUAAAUGAUCAGAAUGUCAGCUUAUGUAAUUAUGAUAAAAAUCCAACAAAUACAUGGAGAAAUUAUGCACUUUGUUCAGCAAAUACGCGAUUUUGUGAUAUUCCAGAAACUUCCCCAAGUUAUAAAAUGUACAGAAUAAUGAAUGAUGUUCAUAAACCUUCUGUGCAUACAGAACAAUCAAAAAUGGACAGUAAUCAUCAUUAUGAUAAUUUAAACAAACAAAAACUUUCAGGACAUAAAAAAUCAACACGCUACCCAGAAUCCUAUCAAGAAAGAUAUACGAGUAAUUCAAAGAUUGAAAAGAAAAUACCAAAUAGUCGAAAAAUCAAAAAGGCUAGAACAUUAUCAACACCAAUUGAAGUGGAACAAUUUAAAAAAAUCGAAGAACAAAUUAUUGAAUAUUUAACAUCAGAUAAUUGGGAAGAUCAGAAUAAAGCUACAAAUAUUAUACAAAGUUUACUUAAAACAAUGAAUGUUAAACCAUUAGAAGUUAUAUUCAGUGAUAUAAAACAAAGAAGUAUAUUAAUUAAUGGGAUUGAAAAAUCUAUCAGGUGUUUACGUUCACAAGUGUGUCGUAAUGGUUUAAAAACACUCCAUCAAUUAUGCGAUUAUUUAAAAUGUGUCCAUCAAGGUUGUCUACUUGAUGCCUAUUCAACACCGAUAAUCACCACACUGUUAAGUCGAAUUAGUGAAGAUUCAAGUACAAAAUUUUUACAGAAUGAAGCAAACAAGACACUGGAAACUUACAUAUCUUGUAUAGAUGAAGUAACCGCUAUCCAAUCAAUGUGUACACAUGUGUGGGAAAGCAUUUCACGUAGUAAUAUACGUCGUAAUGCCAUUGGUAAAAUGUUAACUUAUAUAUUUUGUAAUAAAUUACAAACUGGUAAAAAGAAUGCAAUACUGUUCAAACGGCUAGGAAGUGAUGGUAUUGAGCGGUUAAUUAAAGUUGUACACCAGUUAGUAAAUGAUAAAUUAUCAGAUACAAGACAAUACGGUCGCAGAAUACUUGAACGACUCACACUGAUCGCAGACAUUGAUGAAGUUUAUAAGAAGAUAUCAUCCUAUGAAAAUCCUGUCUGAUGGACAGAAACAGUAAGUAAGCAGUUGAAGAAGGCAAGAAAUGUUAACAUCUGACAAUUCAACAUAUUUAGAAUAAAUAAACUCUCUGAUACAAAAG